AUGGCGAUCCAGAAAAAGCACGGAAAAGGUCGGUUGGACAAGUGGUACCGCCUUGCGAAAGAGAAGGGUUACCGAGCCAGAGCUGCGUUCAAGUUGGUUCAGCUGAACAAGAAGUAUGGGUUCUUGGAGAAAAGCAGGGUUCUGCUGGAUCUGUGUGCCGCGCCCGGUUCAUGGUGUCAAGUGGCUGCGGAGUGCAUGCCAACGCAGAGUCUCAUUGUUGGUGUCGAUCUUGCUCCGAUUAAACCAAUACCUCGUGUCAUCACCUUCCAGAGCGAUAUCACCACCGAGAAGUGCCGCGCUACGAUCCGUGGUCACCUCAAACACUGGAAAGCAGACACAGUGCUUCAUGACGGUGCACCCAAUGUCGGUACGGCAUGGAUUCAGGACGCUUUCUCCCAGGCAGAGCUGGUAUUGCAGUCGUUGAAGCUGGCUACCGAGUUUUUGGCCGAGGGCGGAUCAUUUGUCACCAAGGUCUUCCGAUCCAAGGAUUACAACCCUUUGCUGUGGGUGUUUAAGCAACUGUUCUCGUCAGUUGAGGCGACGAAGCCUCCUUCUUCCCGAAAUGUGUCAGCGGAAAUUUUCGUCGUCUGCCGCGGUUUCAAGGCCCCCAAGCGCAUCGAUCCCAAAUUUCUCGACCCCAAGCACGUCUUUGCGGAGUUGGCCGACCCGACCCCGAACAACGAAGCAAAGGUUUUCAACCCUGAAAAGAAGAAGCGAAAGAGAGAGGGUUACGAGGAGGGAGACUAUACCCAGUUUAAGGAAAUCCCUGUGACGGAAUUCGUCAAUACUACGGACCCCAUCGCCAUCCUGGGUAGCUACAACAAGCUCAGUUUCCAGCAACCUCCGGGAGGGGAUCUUGCCUUGUCUACUCUGGACCGUCUGGAGGACACUACCGACGAAAUCCGCACAUGCUGCGAAGAUCUCAAACUUCUUGGCAAGAAGGAAUUUCGUAACUUGCUCCGAUGGCGCCUCAAGGUCCGGGAGAAAUUUGGGCUCAUUGUCAAAAAGAAGCAGCCACAGGGUGCCGAGAGUGAAGAAGUGGCUGAAAUCGCCCCGAUGGAUGACGAACUGGCUAUACAGGAAGAACUUAUGCGUUUGCGGGAGAAGGAAACUACCCAGAGCAAGAAAGAGAGGCGCAAGGAGAAUGAAAAGAAACGAAAAGAGAUCGUUCGGAUGCAGAUGCACAUGACCACUCCCAUGGAUAUUGGCAUGGAGCAAAUCGGCCCGGGAGGCGAAGAUUCUACCUUCUCGUUAAAACGUGUCGACCGGGCAAAUGCCCGGGAUGCCGUCGUCAAUGCUCGCGAAGUUCCAGUGGAGAGUGAGAGUGAGGAUGACUCAGGGUCCGAUGAGGAAGAAAGUGACGAGGAAGGUGACCAACUCGAAAGAGAGCUGGACUCGAUGUACGAGAUGUAUCAGGAGCGCAAAGAGGACAAGGAUUCGAAAUUACGUGCCAAGAAGGCCCGCAAGGACUACGAGACCGAAGAGUGGGAAGGAUUCUCUGAUGAGAACAAAAACAGCGAUGACGAGGACGAGGAUGAUGGCGCUGAAACUGCUGUCAUGGCAGAGAGGGCACCUCACUCUGGAAAUCUCUCAAACAACGCUGCAAUGUUCUUUGACCAGGACAUUUUUCAAGGUCUAGGAGGCGAGGAAGACGAGGAAGAGGAUGAAGAAGAGGAAGAGAACGAGGAGCCUGGCGAUGAAGAUGAGGACGAGGACGAGGACGAAGAGGAUGUUGCGGCCAUCCCUGCACCCAAACAAAACAACAAGAAGGAUGCAAAGAAGGAAUCAGAAUGGGCCGACGACUCAUCAGAUGGGGAGCCAGAGGAGCCCCAAGAUCCACGCAAGGCGAAUGGCCAGCUUGACAUCGACAUCAUUACUGCCGAAGCCAUGGCUCUCGCUCAACAAAUGGCUACUGGCGAAAAGAAAUCCCAAGAUGUGGUCGACGACGGCUAUAAUCGAUUUGCGUUCCGCGAUGUGGACGGUAUGCCGGAAUGGUUCCUUGACGACGAGAACAAACACAGCAAGCCCAACCGCCCGAUCACCAAGGCCGCGGCCGCGGCCAUUCAAGAGAAGAUGCGUGCCAUUAAUGCACGCCCGAUCAAGAAGGUGAUGGAGGCCAAGGGACGCAAGAAGUUCAAGGCGGCGCAGAAACUGGAACGGCUGCGCAAGAAGUCGGCACUCCUGGCCGAUGACGAGACUCUCAGUGAGCGAGACAAGUCUCAGGCCAUCACGAAGUUGAUGAACAAGGCGACCAAGAAAAAGCCCAAGCAGCAGGUCAAGCUGGUGGUAGCCAAGGGCGCCAACCGAGGUAUCUCGGGUCGGCCUCGCGGCGUCAAGGGCAAAUACAAGAUCGUGGAUUCGCGCAUGAAGAAGGAUAUUCGAGCCGAGAAGAGACUGGCAAAGAAGAAGCAAAAAUAG